AGGUAGAGGAAAUCCCUCGUGGUAUGCUGAAGGAGGUGGAAGAGGUUUGGGGAGGAAGGAAGGAGGUUUGAGGAGGUGAGGAGGUUCGGGGAGGGUGAAAGGAGGUUCAUGGAGGAGUAAAGAGUGUUGGGGAGUGGAGGUAGGGGAGUGGAGGUAGGGGAAAUCUUGUGCGGCAUGUGGGAAGGAGGCGGAAGAGGUUUGGGGAGGGUGGAAGGAGGUUCAGGUAAGGGGAAGAGGGUUGGGAGGGAAUGGACGAGGUUGGUGGAAGGUGAAGGACGUUGGAAGAGGGGCGAUGGCGGGGUAAAGAAGUGCGCAGAGGUAGGGGAAAUCCUGCACAGCAUGUGGGAAGAGGUAGAAGAGGUUCAAGCCGUCAUGGACCAUAAGUCCAAGGAAACGAACGAGGCUUAUCAGGCCCGGAUGCUCCUUCUGAUUACCGAAGCCAAGCAACGGUCGGAUGCAGUAGCAGCCGCAGCAAAGAAGAAGGCAAACGACGUCGAGAAGGCACGUCUGUUGGCAAUUGAACAGCAGCGCCAGCAAGACGAGGCAGCAACAAAGGCUGCCAAUGAAGAACGACUUCAACGACGCGAGAAGAUAUUCAUCGGAGAGCGAGCUUUGCUCACAAUGGCAUCGGACUGGCGGGCCGAGGCCGAGAAUGGGAAGCUGGAAGAGAGUGGAAACAAGAUCGAUCUACUCCUCUCCCAUCUCACGGACCUCCUGAUCAUGUGCAUUGCACAGCAGGAGGACAUUCACAACCUCGACGACGCGGUUCAGACACAUGAUCACGUGUUUGACCAAGUCAAUAGCCACCUCCAGCAGCUGGAACAAACUGUCGCCACCCCCGUUGCCAACUCUUCCAACACCUCCGAUCGCCUUGAGGCAUUGGAGAUUGAUGUCGGAACCCUAAAGGACGGCGUGCAGUUACAGCAAAACGCCACGCAACAGUUGGAGCAGCGGAUCUGUACUGCCGCCACUCACUCAAGAUCGGAACCGCGCAAGAUAACUCCAAAGUUGGAUGAUCAGGAGAUCUUCUGCGAUUCGACAAAGACGGACCCGAUUCCCUGGUUCCGAAAUGUGCAGCGGCCCUUUGUUGGCGUCUUUGGGAAAAAUGCACAAGACAUACGUGUCCGGUUUGAUUUUUCACCAUCAGACAUUGCGCACAAGACCGAUGAGAUCAUCACAAUCUCAGAGAGGACGCAUGAUGCAGUUGCAGCAGUCCCACUUUCAGAGGUCUCAUAUGAGCGCGUUAUUUCGCCGUUGGCAAUGCUGGAGGCGGAGCAAUUUGCUCUUGCUCAGAGUUGUGAGUUUCCCAGCAUGGUCUCCACCAGCAAGGCCAUUCGUGAUGCUAGCACGGAGGCGGAGAAGAAACUGGAUGCGCACAAUGUGAAGUGCAGUAUGCGUGUAGAUGUAUACCGUGUUGUGAAGGCAUAUGCACAGACAAAGCCGAAGUUGGAGGCUGAAGCACAGCGCUAUCUGGAUAGACUCAUCCGAGACUUCGAGCGGCUUGGCCUGAGCUUGAGCCCUGAAACGCGUGCGGAGGUUGAGAGGCUGAAGACAAGAAUGGGCGAACUUUCCAUCCAGUAUCAGAGGAACCUGAACGAGGAGAACACUAUCCUCCACCUCACAGAGGAAGAGCUAGCUGGCAUGCCAGAGGAUUUUAUAAAGGCAAGAGAGAAUGUGGAGUAACUCAACCCUUUGACGUGCGCGGGCUUCCAACGGAUGCCCCUUCCCCCGAUCGGUCGAUUGCCGAAACCGCAUUGCAAUGUGCUCAUGGCACAAUUGCGGGAUUACUUGAUGGACGCCAGAGUAGAGGUUGUUGACCUUCACGACUACGUUGCAAAGAUCGACCGCGAGUUCAAGACACAACGUGAGGAUCACCCGGUGAACUUCUACCGCCGCACCGUUCACGUUCGUGAUCGGAACGGAGUACUAGUCCCAUGCAUGGUGCCUCCACCUCACCCUUCGAUCAGCUGCCACGUGCUGUCCGAUGCAAGCAUUCAAUCUCCCAUCAUCAGGGACGACAUCAAGGAGAUGGGGGUGUGUUUUCUCCAUGCCCUCCCUCCCCAUGACAUCCCAUCGAAGGACGCAUCAACGGACCCACGCAUCACCGAACUUCUCGACGCCUAUGGCGACGUGUUGGAAGCCGCGCACGGAGUAAUACCUGAUCGGCCCAUCCACCACGAGAUCAUCCUCGAAGCCGGGGCCGUACCUCCCCGUGGUUGCAUCUACCGCAUGAGCAAGGAAGAGUUAAGUUUGCUACGGGCACAACUCGACGACCUUCUUGAGAAAGGUUGGAUUCGGCCUAGCUCUUCGCCAUACGACGCUCCCGUUCUCUUUGUCCGGAAGAAGAACAAGGAUUUGCGGUUGUGCAUCGAUUAUCGCAAGCUCAACGCGCAAACCGUCAAGAACGUCGGCCCUCUCCCGCUCAUCGACGACCUUCUCGGACGGUUGGGUGGCGCUAAGUGCUUCUCCAAGCUUGACCUCAAAUCGGGAUAUCACCAACUUGAGAUCCGGCAGGAGGACCGCUACAAGACCGCGUUUAAGACGCGGUAUGAGCAUUUCGAAUGGCUGGUCAUGCCAUUUGGCCUUACGAAUGCCCCGACCACGUUCCAAGCGGCUAUGCCGACGGAGUUCCGACACAUGCUGGACAGAUUCGUACUCAUCUACCUCAACGAUAUCUUGGUGUACAGCUGGAGCUUGGACGAGCAUGUGAAGCACCUGCGCACCGUUUUGGAACGGCUACGACAAGCCGAGUACAAAGCCAACCUCGACAAAUGCGAAUUCGCGCGGCAAGAGCUCGAGUACUUGGGCCAUUAUGUGAUGCCGCAAGGCAUCUGUUUGCUUGCGGACAAGAUCGAGGCCAUCCGCGUAUGGCCAGAGUGCACCAACACCACGGACGUUCGCGCAUUCAUGGGAUUGGCGGGCUACUAUCAACGCUUCAUCACCGGUGACAUUUCAUUCGGGGCUACCAGCCCGAUCCAGAUUUUGCCACGCUAUAUGCGCAGCUAUCUUGGGAUCACCCGCCGACCAACCAUUAUCGCAUCGUCAACGGGUACUUGCUUCUCCACUAGCGAGGCAAGGACUUAUUGUGUGUCCCAUGAGAUCGUCGCCUUCGGACUCGCCUUCUCGGCGAGUACCACGCCUCGCGACUCGCCAGCCAUUUCGGAGUCAAUCGGACUAUCGCACGACUUCGGCAACGAUUCCGGUGGCCCAACCGCAUUGCUGAUGUCACUCGGUAUUGCGACUCUGCGAAGUUUGCCAAAUCCGUACGGCAAGUUGCGCCUGUUGCCCAUCCCACGGGAACCCGUGCUCUCCAUUGCUAUGGACGUCACCGGUCCGUUUCCCUGCGACCGCCUCGGGCACGACGACAUCCUCACGGUCGUUGACCGAUUGAGUAAAUACUCGCGAUUUCUCCCUUGCAAGUACUACGCGACGGCUCCCGAACUUGCGCGCCUCUUGCACACCGGCUGGAUUUGCAGCCACAGCGUACCGGAAGACAUUGUCAGUGACCGCGACACUCGUUUCAUGUCGGCAUUCUGGACUUCUCUCAUGCAGGAAUCCAGCACCAACAUGAAACCAAGUUUGGCUCGACAUCCACAAACGGACGGGCAAACGGAGCUGGCACAUCAAACCGCUCAAAUGAUGCUUCGUACGCUCAUCUGUCCGGAUCAGAAGGAUUGGGUUGACCGCCUCCCUGACAUCACGUUCGCCUACAACACUCCGUUGCAUCCGGCGAUUGAUGUGACUCCAUUAGAGUUGCACCAUGGUGGCCGGAAAGGCCGUAUCUUCGCUGAUCUUCUCCUUCCACGAACAGCAGACAUAGACGCCGCUUGCUCUCCCGCUUCCGUCCGGAAGUACAGGGAACUGCUGGCUCAAGGCCGUGCAAACAUGCAAAAGGCUCAAGUCCGCAUGCAGCAGCAAGCCAAUCGGCCCCGCGUACCAUGUCCUAUCCACACCGGCGACCGAGUUUGGGUCUCCGCGGAAGAGCUUGCGCUCAAACAGGAUGGCCUGAAUAAGAGGCAGGAUGAUGGCAAAUAUGAAGUCACUCUCAAGUAUCCUCACUAUUUCCCUAUCAUGGAGCAAUGCAAGGUUGGUCAAACAAGGCAAAUCAUGGAAAAGGCGUUUAACUCCCGAUGCAUGGCAGAGAACGCACCAAUACUAGAGGAACUGAUCUACCUUCGUCAUCAGAUGUCUCAGCUCCUUGGGUACAAGACUCAUGCCCAUUAUAUCCUUGAUAUCAGGAUGGCGAAGACCCCAGAGAAGGUCAUGGAAUUCCUCAAUGGGGUCUCAGUUAAGAUUGGACCCUUGGCGCAAAAGGAGCUGGAGCGAUUGAAGGAGUUGAAGAAAGAGGAGGAAGGGUCAGCGAUAUUCACGAUGGCUGAUUUCCGGUACUACAUGCGGCGGUCGGAGAAACUUGAAUUUAAUAUUGACCACGAGGCCUUGAAGGAGUAUUUUCCCAUUGAUGUUGUGACUGAGGGACUUUUCAAAAUCUACCAACAGCUGCUAGGGUUGAAAUUUACCGAAGUCCCAGACCCACAUACGUGGCAUGCGGAUGUCCAGUUAUUUGCGGUGAAGGACUUGGAGACAGAAGAGCCGCUUGGGUACUUCUAUCUUGAUUUAUAUCCAAGGGAGGGGAAGUAUGGUCAUGCAUGCGUGUGCCCUCUGCAACCGGGUUGCUAUCUAUUGGAUGGCUCAAGGAUGCGGCCUGUUGCAGCAAUGCUUGCUAAUUUUUCAAAACCGACGAACAACAAGCCCUCUCUUUUGAAGCAUUCUGAAGUGGAAACAUAUUUCCAUGAGUUUGGUCAUGUGAUGCACCACAUAUGCAGCCAUGUCUCUUUUGCACGUUUUUCAGGGACUCGUGUUGAAAGGGACUUUGUGGAGGCACCAAGUCAAAUGCUGGAGAACUGGUGCUGGGAAAAGCCGUCUCUGAAGCUUAUGAGUGGCUAUUACAAGGACAAGAGCACUCCUAUUCCAGAUACACUCUGUGACACUUUAGUGAGCACAAAAAAAGCUCAUGCAGGCUUGCUUACAAAGCGGCAGCUGCUGUUUGGUCUCUUCGAUCAAGCCAUUCACACGACUCAGAGGGCAGACACUGCACUUGUUCUGAAGGCCCUUCACCCACAGGUGAUGAUGGGCAUUCCUGCAACGGAGGGGACAAACUUUGCAGCUUCCUUUGGCCAUCUUGCUGGAGGAUAUGACGCAUCCUACUAUGGGUAUAUGUGGAGUGAGGUGUUCUCUGCAGAUAUGUUUGCAUCCAAGUUCAAGGAUAACGUUCUGAGCAGGCCAGCAGGCAGAGAAUACAGGGAUAAGGUGCUCCGGCCAGGGGGAUCAUUGGAUGCAGCUGUGAUUCUCCGAAACUUUCUAGGACGUGAACCGACUGAUGAGGCGUUCUUGGAGAGCAAAGGGGUUACCAAGGCACGGCUUGCCUUGGCCGCCAGCAAAGCAAAAGGCCCUGCAUCGGGAAGUGGAGUCUCCGCGAAGGGGGUAUGAUCGUCGCCUCUUUGAGGCAUCUUGGGGACAAGACUUGCUGCUCCUGGACUAAGGACACGUGCACUGAAAAAAUAAGUUCUGACCAGAUUCAUACAACAAGAUGGGAUCAUGGCCCAUGAGAGAGGAGGAGGAGGAGCAGGAAUUCGGUAGGCUUGCCCAGAACACAUAACUAGAUGAACUACUGAGGGAAGUAUCAUCGCUGUGUCGGCUGCUGUGUACGAGGGAUGCGAGAGGAAGAGAGGGACAGAUGGAAUCAGAUGGAGACGGAGACGAGUGGAAGCCUUAGGAGAGCAGACUCGGAGGAGGCAGAGAGGAAACGAGAGAGGAAGAGGAAGAGAGACACGGAAGCAGAUAGAUACACGGAGAGAGAAAAGACGUCUGGAGACUGGAAGAAGGGGGAAGAGAAGAAAGGAUAGAAGAAAAGUGGGGGGAGGGAGGGUGGGUACUGGAGAAGGGUAAAUGGAGAGGGGAGAGGGAGGGAGGGAGGGAGGUAGCUGGACGGAAACAUGCGACGAAAGGCCCUGGGAGGGAUGGAAGUAGACACUAGGGAGUCGUCGGGGAGUGGAGGAGGAGCGAGCGAUGGACAUAGAGACAGGGUGAAGAAGCUGAAAGGGUGAGAGGUAGAAAGUGUUGAGACUCGAGAGUGAAGGGGGGGACAUAACGAUUGACCCUAUUCGAUCGAUCGAGAGAGAGAGAGAGAGAGAGAGAGAGAGAGAGAGCUUUCGUUUGAAGAUUGCAAUUCUUUUGUGAAGCAUUGUGAUGACACCUUGGAUGUACUACUCCCUUCUCGAAGAUUGUUUGAGAUUACCUGGAGCCAGGGGCAAACUACCUGAAGAUGUUUCCAUGCCAAUUUGGCCAAUUGGCAAAUGGUUUAUUCAAUGGAGGGCCCGUGACAUGUACCAACAGGGAGAAGCAUGUGUAGGAAAGUAAGGUGCCAAAGGAGAAGUGCAAAAAAGCUCAAUGACAUGCGUUCUUUUGGGGAUCUGGGGUGGACUUGCAGGGUAUGCGGACCCUCCGCCUGCCCCUCUUCCUCACUCUCCCAAUGGCCCAUCUUGCCACAUGUAUCAGACAACAGUCCUUGCAGUGCAAGAAAAAAAUUAUUGGGGAACACAGAUUUUGAAAAGGGGGAGAAUUUAAAAGGGGUUAUUGCUUAUUCUACUUCUAGCCAAUUAGGUUUAUAACUUUAUAUGAUAUUGAAGAUAUUCGCUUUUGGUAUCUCCAAUUGUUUUCUGUGAGUCUAUUUCAUCU